CAACUGAUAAAAAUUGACAUCUGGGACACAAUAUAUUUUGCAAAUACAGUUCCGACGUAGAACGUCAAAAUAUGUAUCCACAUUAAUGUGUAACUUUGAGUCAAGUCUUCUAGAAUAAAUAAAAAAUUCUGACACGCCAUGAAGUUGACUCACUUCAGUCUUACAUUUGAUGCUCAAGCAAGAGUUUUUGUGGCAGGAGAUAGAAUAUCAGGAAAUGUCAAAGUUGGCUUUGGGAAGGAAACUAAAAUGAGGUGUUUAAUGUUAUGUCUGGAAGGAAAGGCAAAGUCCUAUUGGGAUGUAAAACAGGGGAAAAGCACCACAAAGUACAGAGCCAGAGAAAAUUAUAUCAGCCAGAAUAUACUUCUGUGGGGAGGUAUGGAUGGAUCUCGAUUGCACCCAGAGGGGUAUGCUACUUAUCCAUUCAACUUCCCUUUGAAUUCAGAUACACCUUCAUCCUAUGAGGGUAAAAGAGGAUAUGUCAGAUACACAUGUAGUGCUAUCAUUGACCGACCGUGGAAAUUUAAUGAAAUUAUAAAAGAACCAUUUACAGUCAUCCAUCAUUUAGACUGCAGCCAACUUCUCAGUGCUCUGAAUCCCAUUUAUGAACAUCGUAAUGAGACAAUAGAAGGUUGUUGUUGUGAGGAUGGCUCUGUGGAGUUGGAUUUAAGUAUAAACAAGACAGCUUUUGUCCCAGGAGAACCUCUUGUUUAUGACGUUACGAUUAACAAUCAAAGUGGCAAUACAAUAUCAGAGUUUUAUCUCAUGUUACGUCAGGUUGCAACUUUUACAGGAUAUUCAGACAGUUUUUUCUCAUCAGGAAAACCUCAUUAUCAUACAAAACAAGAAAACUUUAGCAUGUUCAACCAGGCUGUUCGUGUUAAGAAAAAUUCUAAACAGACAUACAGUGGUGCCUCAACUAUACCUUCAUUGCCACCUUCCAUUCUAGAAGGCUGCAAUAUUAUAAACCUUCAGUAUUUUAUUAUUUUGAAGAUUCCAAGUGGCUGGUCAUCUCUUAAAGUGGAGAGAGAAAUAAUAAUAGGGACAAAGCCAGCUAGGGCAGUUCAGCCGUGUGCACCCAGAAUACCGACAUCCAAUGAAGUUGCACCAUCACAAAUUGAGCUUUCAGUGUUCCCAUCAGCUCCACCAUCAUAUGAUGAAUUACCUCCAUCGUAUGCUGAAUGUGUAUUUGGUGCAGUGGAUAUUCAUGAUGAAGAUGAUGGAGAACAUACAACAACACAUGGAAACUGGGCCCCUGCUUACACUUACUAUAAUUGGAACCAGCAGAAUUAUUCAGGUCCACAACCACAACCAGUACGGCCAGCACCUCCAUCUUAUGAUGAGUUGUGAAAUGGAUUAUUGUUGAAAUGUCAACAUAUAACCUUUAUAGCUUGCUGUUUUCUGUGAGCCAAUGCUCCAUGUUGAAGACCAUAAUUUGACUUAUAAUGGUUUACUUUUACAAAUUGUGACUUGGAUGGAGAGUUGUCUCAUUGGCACUCAUACCACAUCUUUUUAUAUCUAUGUACUUGUUCAGCCUAAAAGAAAUUCCAUAGGAAACUGUGUUAUGAUCCUUGUCAUAAUAUGUUUAUUUCUGUUGGAAUAAACAUUCUAUACCAUUUAUUCUGGAUGACUUAGAUUAUUUAGACAGGCUGUAGAAAACAAAUUUUGCAUUUUUGAUGGGGAAAAGGGGCAUUAAAGACAGUAUCUACCUUUAAGAAAAUUUUCAUUUUUAUUUCUAAUUGUUUACAUUCUCCAUGUACAAGAAUGUGAAUUGGCAUAUGUUUUGAUACUUGUAUAUUCAUACCACUGUAUGACUUUCUUCUUACUAGUAUGCCAAAACUAUAGCAUGUAUAGUGAAAUCUUAAGCAAAUGAACUAUUCCAUUCACUUAUUGAAUCCAUUUGGUAAAUUCAGUUUGUAUACAAGAAUUGACCCAUAGCUUAAAUUAAUUUACAGUUAUUUUCUCUCUUUUUUUUGACAUAAAUGAUGUACAAUUUUGAAGAAUUUUUCUCAAACAUAUGUUUUUUUUCUAGUCAUUAAAUAUUUUAUUGUUUCAAAGAUCAGCUGUCUUGCCAUUUAAAUUUUAUAUCAUAAAACUGAUCAGAUUUAUUAAUUUUAUUUUUAUCUUGCCAAUGUUAAGAGAGCUCUUGGAUAACCCUGUGUCUAUAUCAACAGGGUCUUGGUGGCAGAGUGGUCUAAGUUGUCAAACUACUGUAUCCCUAUUUAGACUGUCAACAUUGAGCUUGUGAGUUGGAAUCAGGUCUUUGCAACUGGCAGGUGUGUUUGACUCCAAUCUCAUUUUCUAGGAUUGUAAGUUUUUCUACUGAAGGACAUUGGUUCUCCCCAGGCACUCUCUCUUCCUAAAAAAAAACUAACUGCAAAGAGAUAGGGCAAUACAUGUAGUCCUGGAAGUGGUGUUUAACACCAAUCAAUCCAUCAAUCAGUCAUAUCAACUUAAUAUGUAUAUAAUAAUAUGCAAUUAUUAUGCAGGAAAUAAUAAAUAUGCACAGCAAUAAAAUUGGUCUACAAAUAAUUAUUGUAGAGGGACCAUAAACCAUUAAAUUGACAUUGCAGGAUCAGUUGCUACAUUUUUCUAUCUUUAGACUUUUACUUUUCUUACAAAUCCAAUUUGCAUAUUGUGAUAAACAAACAGGCAACUUGGUGAAAGGAAUCAAAGGAUGCAUCUUGGUGAUAUUGAUUCAGAUCACUGUGACCUACAUUGAAUGCUUCAUUGAAUUUAAAUUCAGUUUUAUUUGGAUAGUGUAUAUUCCAUAACAAGUUUCAUUUAGUCUUUGGCCAUCAAAAGUCUUUUAAAGCUAAGAUAAGAACUUAUACGUCUAAUCACAAUUUGCUUCACGAAUUGUUUGUUAUUAUAAGAAAAUUUUGUCAAUGUUUUCAAGUAUGAGGGAGCUUUUCUCAACACCUAUCUCCCAUAUAUAGUCAGGAUAUAACAUUUAAGAAUUGAAUGCUUCUUUUUGUAAAUUUAUUGGGGUGUAAAACGUUGACCGAAGUACAUUUUGUAUGAAGCGUGGAAGCGCUUCAUUCUAAAAAUGUACGCACGGUCAACGCUUUACAACCCUAUAAAGUUACAAAAAGAAGCAUUCAAUACUUAAAAUUACAUUUUUAGCUAGGAUCAUUAGAAGUUUUUGUUUAAUUCACCUGUGCACUUUAUUGUGGGACCUCGUGUCAUCGUGAAUGAUAAGUUUUAUUGAGUGAUGCAAAUGCUUACGGAAUAACAUGUGAUGUGAAAUUAGCCAAUCAGAAUAACGUAUUACAAUGAAACAUGCAUCUCAUGUAAUUAUUUUCUGAUGAUUUAUUAUAAGAAUGUGAUAUAUUAAUAUAUGGAUGAUUUAUACAAACUUUCUCGCAUCUGGUGCAAGAAAAUUGGUACUGUUAAUUUUAUUAUGUAUGCAAAAUUUGAUAUUUGUGUUUUAGUCAUCAGAAAUAGAAAUGUAAAAAAUAGAAUAAUAAACUUUGAACCAAUCUUAGAACAGUCAGAAGUUGAAAGAUAAUUCAUCCAGACUAACAAUACUGGUAUUAUUUAUUUCAUUCAAAUGUACUUCACAUUAAUACAUGGAAAGGUGAGUUGAACAUUAUAACUGGCUGAUACUUCUUGUAUGUUGUAUGUGACUGCUAUAUUUAAUGUUGUCUUGUAUAGAAUGGUGCUAGGUUUAUUUCAUUUGAAAGCAUUUGUUGAAAGUGCAUUAUUUUAUUUUAUUGUAGAAAAUUUUAUGCUAAUUGUAUAUACAUAUACAUUUAUGUUUUAGGUAAUUAGAUGAUUACUAUAUUGAAUUUAUAACCACUUAUUAAUCUUGUUAUUUUAUUGGUAAAAAAUGUUGGUAGAUUUAGAAAAUUCUAUUAUCUAUGUAUAUUUUUAUAUGUAUUUUUUUUUAUUUCCUUUAAAGAAAGGGAUAGAAAAUCUUCUUGUUUUCUAAGCCUGUUGUAAUUUAAAAUUUUUCUGUCUUCUGAUAAGCAAUAUACAAACACAAAGUAGAGAAAAUGAUAAAACUAUCAAAUAGCUUAGUAAGAGUAGUAGUCUCUUCCCAAUGGUAUGGUGUUUGCAUAUCUCAAUUACUGUACUUGUACUUUUUUUUCGCGGGGAACUUAUUUUUGUGAAUUGUGUCUUUCAAACACGUUGGCGGGUAUUUAUUUUUCGUGAUUUUAUAAUUAUUGCCUCAGUUGAAAGUUUGAUUUAGAUUCUUGUGUAUUUAUUUUCCCAAUAAUACACAAACCGUGAAAUUUGUGAAAUAAAUACACUGUGAAAAUCAUGGUUAUUAGUAUUUUCUGAAUGGGUUUAUAAGAUUUCAACAUCUGUUAACUGCUAUAGCCUAGAAUUUAGUAUUGAAAUAGUGAUAAAUUGAACAAAAAUUAUAAUUCUUUCAUAAUUAUGGCUAAAUGAUUUCUUCAACAACAAAAAAUACAAUUUACACUUGUAUAGAGGUUAUAUAGAGGGAUGUCUUUCAAGCUGACCUUCACACUAAGAUAUUGACCACAGUUUAAAAUGGCCCUCGAGACAUUUCAAUCUGAUGGCCCAUAUCUUCACCCUAAGAAAUCCAUAUCUCAAGAUGACUGCUGCAAUAUGUUACUAUUUCUAAAAGAAAAUUUGACAUUUGAAUAAGUAAUGGGCACCAUAGUGUAUUAGAUUUUGCCAAGUUAUCAUAAAAACACAAAGAUAUUUUACAUUUAACUGCAUUUAUUACAAUAUAUUUUUUAAUUCAUUGAUUCAUCUAUUUUUUAUCAAAAGACCAGUACAGCACUUUUUUUUAUGCUCAACAUAAAAUAGUUUAUAGGGACAUUAUGUUUUUCUGGUUUCUUUGUUUACUGACCAUAGAAAUGUGAAGUUCUGAAAUCAAAACAUUCACUGGUUGAAUUGUUAGGUAAAGGUUGUUUACUUAAAAUUUAUAGUCACAUCAAAGUUCCCAUGUUCACCAUGAGUUGAACUAUACAAAUCAUAAGGUGUCCUAUUGACACAUUUUCUUGUUAUUAUCUUGUUAUUGAAUUCAUUGAUAUAUUAUUUUAUGGAGCUGUUUUCCGAGUCUUUUCAUGACAUUAUUAUAAUAUAACAAGCAAUGCAAUGUUGUAAGUGAUUUGUAAAAUAAAAAAA